GAAAAGUAACUCAGGAAAGGAAAAAACUCAUGGUGGUGCUACACGGUCGUAAGGAGGGGGGACUCUAUUUUGCUAUUAAUCGGAUCGUGGAGAUUCUGUGACCGCAGACUGCACCUGAUAAGCUGUCGGCUGAGUACUUCUGGAUCGGACUCUCUGUGUUUCAAAGUUGGAUUUAUUCGACUACCGCGGCGAAGUGCUGGGUAGAUAUCACGAUCUGCAGUGCUCGACUUGAGAGACCAACGCUGGAGUUUUCGGCACUAUUCCCGCGGGUCUUAACUUAUUUUUUACAUUCACAACUUUGUAGUGGACGUGUUAUAACCCUGCAAGGAGUCAAACGUGUAACCGGUUUGCUAAGUUUCAAACUUGCUGCUGCUCUAUUGAUCAACAGUUACUGUGUCCUUUAACACUUUGCUGUUGCAUGUUUUUCCAACAUGUCAUCAAAAGCAGAUAUCCUACCAGGAAAGUAGUUAUUCGACUUUCUCGAACACUGUUUUUAAACAUAAAUGUGAGUUAAGGACGACUUUUGCUAGUUAUGUGAAUCACCGUUGAUUUUUUUUUAGCCCGCGUCGGACACCAGAGGAGAAAGUUGGACUGGGAACUUGUGUCCUAAAUGACUUAUUACUGGGAUGGAAAACUUACUACUACACCGCAAUUUUUUCUCCUAGCCCAUGUAGCACAAAAAUACAAUUAAUGUGCUCUAAAAGCCUCCCAGUUUCUCCGAAGAGACAUUAAUAUUCAAGUUUGUGGGUGCGAGGAGAGAGCUCAACGGCCGCGCUAUUAAAACUGGAUACAAAAUGGCGGCGUCCCUGGGACGAUUUGGAUAUGUUUCUCGGUGUGUUUUUUAUUUAAUUUUGUCGGUCGAACUGUGUAUCAGUUAUGGAUUGAGCUCAGACUUGCCGUGUGCCCAGAACUGUACCUGCGACGGAGAUUCAGUGGACUGUAGUAACCUGGAGCUGACAGCUACGCCUCUGGACCUUCCUGUCCGGACUGUUUCCUUAAAUCUUGGCCACAACAAGUUGACCUCCAUCGAUGUCGGUUUUGACAACCUCCCCAACCUGAGAGAACUGCGGCUGGACCACAAUGAUCUCACAUCUAUACCAGAUUUAGGACAGGCUGCUUCCAAGAUUGUAUCGCUCUACCUCCAUCAUAAUAAGAUCCGCAGUAUAGACGGCAGGCGGACCAGAGAGCUGGCUUCUGUGGAAACCCUGGACCUGAGCAAUAAUGACAUCACUGAGCUGCGAGGGCACUGCUUUCCUGCAGACCUGCAAAUCAGAGACCUGUACCUUAGCAACAACAAAAUCACUUCGUUGGAGGUCGGAGCUCUGGACCAUCUGGGCUCGACUCUGCAGGUCCUGAGACUGAGCCGAAACCGCCUCAGCCAGAUCCCCGUGAAGGCUUUCCAGCUCCCGAAGCUCACCCAACUCGAGCUGAACAGGAACCGUAUCCGUCAGGUGGAGGGUCUCACCUUCCAGGGGCUGUCCAGCCUGGAGGUGCUCAAGCUGCACAGAAACAGCAUCAGCAAACUGACUGACGGCGCCUUCUGGGACCUGGCCAAGAUGAAAGUCCUCCACCUGGAGUACAACAGCCUGACUGAGGUGAACAGCGGCUCCCUGUACGGCCUCACCUCCUUGCAGCAGUUAUUCCUCAGCAACAACUCUAUAGCCCGCAUCAACCCUGAUGGAUGGAAGUUCUGCAUGAAGCUGAGGGAACUGAAUCUGUCGUAUAACAACUUGACUCGUCUGGAUGAAGGCAGCCUGGCUGUGCUGGGAGAGCUCCACUCCCUCCGUCUGGGCCACAACUCCAUCAGCCACAUCACCGAGGGAGCCUUCAGAGGCCUCAAGGCUGUACGCACCCUGGAGCUGGACCAUAACGACAUCUCGGGGACAAUAGAGGACACCAACGGGGCCUUCUCUGGAUUGGACAGCCUCAACAAGCUGACUCUGUUUGGAAACAAGAUCAAGUCGGUGGCCAAGAAAGCCUUCUCCGGCUUGGAGAACCUGGAACACCUGAACUUGGGGGAGAACGCUAUCCGUUCCAUCCAGCCCGACGCCUUCAGCAGAAUGAAGAUCCUCAAGACACUCAUCAUCCAGAGCGACAGCUUCUUGUGUGACUGCCAGCUCCAGUGGCUGCCCGACUGGUUGGUGACCCGCGGUCUGACUGCCGGCGCCAACGCCACCUGCGCUCACCAGAGCCUGAAGGGCACCAGCGUCUUCCAGGCUCCGGCAAGCAGCUUUGUGUGCGACGACCUCCCGAAGCCCCAGAUCACGGUGCAGCCGGAGACUUCCGUGACAGUCCUCGGCAGCGACGUGCGCCUCACCUGUACGGCGGCGAGCAGCAGCUCCUCCCCAAUGAGCUUCGCCUGGCGCAAGGACCAGGAGCUGCUUCGCCACGCCGAGACGGAGAACUACGCGCACGUGCGCGCUCAUCACCAAGGCACGACGUCCGACGUGCCGGGGGCUAACGGAGGCGUGAUGGAGUACACCACCAUCCUGCACCUGCGGCACGUCACCUUCGCCCACGAGGGCCGCUACCAGUGCAUCAUCACCAACCACUUCGGCUCCACCUACUCCAACAAGGCCCGCCUCAUAGUCAACGUUCUCCCGUCCUUCGUGAAGACGCCCCGGGACAGCACCAUCAGGACGGGCCAGACGGCGCGGCUGGAGUGCGCCGCGGAGGGUCACCCGGCCCCCCAGAUCGCCUGGCAGAAAGACGGCGGCACGGAUUUCCCCGCUGCCCGAGAGCGCCGAAUGCACGUGAUGCCCGACGACGACGUGUUCUUCAUCAUGGACGUGAAGCCCGAGGACAUGGGGGUGUACAGCUGCACCGCCAAGAACACGGCGGGCACCGUCUCCGCCAACGCCACGCUCACCGUGCUGGAAACGCCCCACCUGGACCAGGAGAUGGAGGACCGCAGCGUGGUGGUCGGGGACACGGUGGCCCUGCAGUGCAAGGCCCUGGGGAGCCCGCCGCCCCGCAUCACCUGGCUGCGCAACGACCAGCCGCUGCGCCCCUCUGACCGACACCACUUCACUCCGGGCAACCAGCUGCUGGUGAUCGGCGCCGCAGCGCUGGAUGACGCCGGCCGCUACACCUGCCUGAUGUCCAACACGCUGGGCACGGAGCGCGCCCACAGCCAGCUGGUGGUGACGCGCCGCCGCGGCCCUUGCCCGUCGCCGUCCGGGCCCAGCACGGUCACCAUAGGGAUCAUUGUCAUCGCCGUGGUGACCAGCAUCGUGGUGACAUCGCUGGUGUGGGUGUGCAUCAUCUACCAGACCAGGAAGAAGAGCGAGGAGUGCAGCGUCACCAACACAGAUGAGACGAUAGUUCCUCCCGACGUUCCCAGCUACCUCUCCUCGCAGGGUACGCUGUCGGAGCGGCAGGAUGUGUGUAUCCGCGUGGAGGCGGGACCUCAGCCCAACGGACACAUCGUGGACCCCACAGGUUUCGACGCCGCUGUGGUGUACGACUGCAUGGAGAACGGCAGCAGCUACUCCAAAGACUCGGACUACCUGACGCACGGGUACGGCCCCGCCGGAGGCUUCGAGUACCAGCAGCACUCUUUACCCCCCCCACACCCUCACUAUCACCCAGUAGAGCCGCACUGGAACGGGACGCCCAACGGGAUCCGGAAGGACAACCAAGGCUCCACGCUUCCAAAAAACCACAACACGUUACAGCCAAACCAGCCCGAUAGAAAAGUGAGCAGAGCGGAACAAACACUGCCGUUUCCCCCGUCGCAGGAGGACUCCUUCCACAAGCCGGUGAAACUGGCGAGCCACGGCCGCCCGGACAGUGACUGUGAGCCCGAGCUCAGACAUACUCUGCUGUCUAAUGGACACGCCGUCAGAGCCUCUCAGAAUGAGAGCGCCCCCCUAAGGAGAGCCAGCGACUAGCAGGCGCUCCAUCCAGCCCCAAAAAAGCGGACUCGCGGAAGCCGAGCGGACUUUCUAUAUUUUUUUUUUUGCACUGGGAAAUAAACUGCUACCUCAUAUCGAGGACGAUCGAUCCCGAGUCCUCCUGGAUCUGGACUAAAAGGGAGCACCAGGAGGGGGGGGGGAGGCACAGGGGGGGGACAUCCGGAGUUUGAAGGUGGAGCUUGUGUGGGUGGCGUCCCAUCUGAGCGUUAUCAGCUGUACAUAGUUUAAAAACCUUCCUCUGGGAGGUGACCAAUAAAAAGUUCUAGCUCCAAAAAAUGUGACUUGCAUUUGAAGCAUGUAAAUGUAGGGAAUCUUGUACAGUAUAUGUUUGUGCAGGGGAAGAGAAAUAUACCUUUGGACAUUUGACUGUACAUAAGAGUUUUCUUAUAUUAUAUAUUAUAUAACUUUUACAAAAGAGUAUUUGAAUUUAUGUGCAUGACAAAGAAAGGAGUGAUGGUAUUUUUAUUUUUCGUCAAAAAAAAACAGCCAUUUUCAGCUUUUACCAACGUCCAGCUGCGGUGCCUUAAUGCAUGAUCAAAGAAAUCUCAUCCUGUAAGACCCAGAGACUUUGAGAGAGACAGUGGUACACUCUUUAUAGCAAACAAAACAAACACUUGAUUGCACUUGAAUGUUUUUUCGCUGCCAAACAUGGCCUUACAGAAACACAGUUUGUUGUUGUCGUAUGAAGGAAGAGCUUUGAUGUCAAUUAUUUGGGUACUUCAGACUUCAGACGGUUCAUGCUCGGAUAAUUAUGGGCGGUCAGUUCAAGCACUUUUUGUAUUCACAUCAUAAGCGAGCAGAUUGUGGACGUGAUAUCUGCGAAUGGGAAUGCAGGAACCUCCUCUUAUUUUGACACGGUAAAGUCGACAGUACAAACUGAACCAUUCUGGCUCUUCCACCUGUUCCACAAAACUACAAAAUACUGCGAAGCUGCUGCGAGAUAGAAAAGGUUCUUCUCUGACUCUGAUUUGUUUCUUUAUUUGUCCAAAAAAGGUUCUUUUGUGACAAGUUUUCAACAAAAUGUGUUCAAAUUCAGCUGUUUUAUAAGCUGUAAUAAGCCAGUAAUGAUCAUUCAGUUUAGAAAUGGGAUACCUUCCAUGUGUUCACAUAGAUUGGGAAAUCUACAGCUGUGUGACAUCUAAUUGGCUGAAAGCUUAAUGAUACAACUGUUAUGCCAUGCAGCAUUUUCUCGUCCAGAGAAUCAGGUGUGCACAUCGUCCGGAGUUUCCCUUUCACACAUGCAACACACAAAGGAGGAUUGGCCGUGUCUGAUGAUUUAUCACUUACUGGAAAUAUUAUGUUUGGUAAAAGCGCGGGGGGGGGGUAGCGUGCAGGAGGCCCAACAUGACAUGGUUUACACCGCGAUCAUGUAGCCAGUUGGUCAUAAGCCAUCCUACAUUCGUCUGCCAAUGCCAGGUGCCAGCUACAAGUUUUAGAAUCUGGUCUAAUCAGUCAUCAUUAGCGUUCUUUUAUAAAUUGCCUUUCUGCAGUUUUGGGAUGUUCCUUUUCUUUCAGUUUUGUGAUAGAAAUGUCAUCAACACGCUUACUUGCUUGUUGUGAAUGUCCCGGACAUGGUACUAGGAAGCUAGGAAUUGGUCCGAAUUAUUUGGCCAUUUUUCGUUCUCUUAAAGGGCUUUUGCCGUCUAACGUCUUCAAAAACUUGUAGUUAAAAGUUGCAGUGCGUGUGUGAAAGGGGCUUUAGGAAGACGGAGAAUGUUUCAUUGUGUUCCUGCUGUAAUGUGCCUCAACAUCCACCGGCAAACGGCCAGUAUUCUGCCUCCGUCUCAUUUCCAGUGUCACAAUAACUUUUUUCAGUGUCACUUCAGUUGACUAAUGUUAAAGGUAUCUAAAAGGUUCUUGCUGUGAACAGUUGGGAAGCUUGUGAAAUGUGCUCUAACCAAACGUUGGAGGAAUGAUGCAGGUGUGUCUACCAUCCCUGCAUACACUGGGUCAGAAUCAGUCAAAAGUAGUUGUCUAAUGUAAGCAUGCGUUUCUCCAGUUGUUCCGUCACCAGUGGCCUUAUCAAGGUAAACUGGAGGACAUGCUCCUCUGGUUACACCUGAUAGCACCUAUCAGAGGUGAUUUUACCAGCAGGACCAAUCAGAGAUCCUGGUUUGGAAAACUAAUCCCAGUGUAGCAGGUAAAAGGGACAAAAGGGAGGGAGGUGCAGUUCAUGUUCUGAGUAAUUUAUUGAAAACUGUCUGAAAAACCGUUGUACCAAUGUCGAAGCUGAAACAGUGACUUGUCUAACAUGGCAUUGAAGUGUCUAAUAAAAAUCACAUUUUGCUAUUA